UACAUCGCCCAUUUAGUUGGUUGCUACGUUUCGAGUCUCUUCCAAGGGCUUUUUUUUACGUGUGUGUGUGUGUGUGUCUUUUGAGUUUCGAUCGUUCGAAAGUCAUUCACACGCAGAUUCGCCAUUCUCGUGCAUUUUCUCUCAAGUGUUUUGAUGAUUGUGCAACCUGGUAACGCAGAAACCAGCAGCCUAGCAGUCACCAACAUUUUGGCUUUCUCUUUUUGUUCCAUCGAAAUAUUCAAAAAAACCUAAAAGGGCCGUACAAACAGCCGUACAGUUCUCAGUGAUUAGACAAUUAACCAUCUACCUAACGAACCCGUGUAAAACUCGUGUGUGUUGUAUUUGGUGUCGAGUGUGACGUCAGAAUUUUGUUUCCAGUGCAGGAAAGUUUUCUUUGACGAUCGACAACAGUGUUUUUCGAGUGAGAAAAAAAGAACCCAUCACUUUGUUUAUUGUGGCACUUGUGAAGCUUCUUGGCCGUGUGUAAUUCUUUUUGUUUCGCAUUCGAAAAAGAAGUAAAAACGACGAGUGAAGCAGCAAAACCUUGACGUCGUGUUUUGUUGUUUGGCAUCCGCGCGCGCGCGCCAUUUUCCUUUUUGACAACAACAACGCAGUGAGAAAGAACAUCCCUCCCCGACAACAACAACAACCCCUCCGUACAACAACCCCCCCUAUACAGCAGUGUGUGUGUUUUACCAUUUGAUUUAUCCCCCAGUCCGAAAUGGGUGCUUUAUGGCCUCACGGUAGAGCCGCCAUUGUCCACUCGUUUGGAUUCCAACGCGCCAUAGGAUACAGAAUUAGAUAAUUUCAAGCCAUCGACUGGAAGGAAAAAGAAACAACACACAAGGUUUUUUUUUCUCGUUUUGUUUGCGCGGUUGAAGAUUCCAGUAGGGGAGAAGAAGGAGGCAAACAAAACGUAAAGGAACGAAAAGGAGUUACAGGAACGAAGAAGAAGAAGAAGAAGAAAAUUCAAAACAUCCAAAAAGAAGAAGAUGAAAAUAGUGAUGGCCGCACGGAUAUUCCGCUGCUGCUGCCUUUUGGCGUUGGUAACCGCCAUGAUGAUAAGUUGCUGGACGACAUCCAUGGCAACGGCCAGUCCCGCCGCCCGCAACGAAGCCUUUGGAGCCGGACCGGAUCUUUGCGUCGUGCAGACGCCUCUGGUGACCCGUCAUUUUCAGGCCUGGCGCCAGGCCGAGGAGGCCGUACCGACCCGAGGCUGUUCGAACUGGUCUGGUGUAGUUGCCACUCACGAGGUCCAUCUCAUCCGCCUGACGAAUGCCGCCAGUUCAGUGAUGCUGGAAGUGGACGGGUCGGACAAGCCGGCCAACACGCGCUUAGCUCUCAUUCUCGAUGCAAAUGACGCAAAUGUCAAAUGGACUGUCCGGCUAUUGGGAAGCGGAUUGGACCCGAGUUCGCAACAACACGCGAUUAUUGUGACUGGCAAUUCCGUGCUGGAUCUGUCGGAUUUGAAGGCCGGCGUCAUCAACCGUCCUAAGGAGGGCCGGAAUGCGUUGCUGCGCUUCAUCGAGCGCCGAUUCAAAACUCUUCACACGUUCAGUCAAGUGGACGCCGGCGGUGCCCAGCUUCGACUUCGUCUGACUCUGUCCGGCGCCACCAACGGAACCAGCGCUUCUCCUCCAACUUGCGACUACGAUACGGCCAGCCCGAGUCCCGUCCUCCAGGCCAGGAGAAUGGAGCCGCAACCGGUCGAAGGCUGUUUUCACACGGAGCAGGCCGGCAUCUAUCCAAAGGACGUUCACGUGAUUGAUUUGGAUAACGGCCAGGCCGAAGACUCUAAGAAUAAGAAGAAUAACAACAACACGACCAACGGGAGCAGCAGCGUCCACAUUCACUUAGCGGCCGGUGGAUGGGCGGACGAGGAGAUGAGUCAGCCGCGUGACGUGGCCCUGGUUCUCAAAUCGGCCCAACCUGUCGUGUGGAUCGUCUCUUCCGCCCCCGUCCUGACGGGCUCGCUCCUGAUCCUGGCAGAGCACCAGGUGGAGAUUGGCGGACUUUCGGCCCGGCAACAGGCCGACGUGCGCAGCAACCGGAAUCUACCGUCAGAGUUCGCUCUUUUGAUCUUGUCGGUGACGGCCGAUAUCAAUCCGCCCGUCUCCUAUGUCAAAGCGCCGCCGGCCACCAACAGCAUCGAGAUAGUCAUCGGCAAGAAGCAGCAGCAGCAACUCCGCCUUCUAUCGUCGAAUGCGGGCAAAGCACCGCCACAACAACAAGUCGAGAGCCUCAGCGGAGCUGCCAGCCACAGUUCACCUUCUAUGGAGUUGGGCGUCCGCAGUUUGGAGCGCGGUGGCGGAGGCGGUGGCUACGGCCAGCAGCACACGCCCAAUCGAGGAACCGGAUCGCAGCGGAGUGUGGCCUGGACUCUGCAGCAGUCGGUCCGCGUUCAAUGCGGAUCGAAUUAUUUGACGGCCGCUCUGCCCAGGAACAUGGCCGAAGCGUUGGGCGUCAUUGGACUCUUUCUCAACGACCGCGGCUGUGCCGGCAAACGCAAUGCCACUCACUGGAUGGUCAGGACCCACGUCACCUCCUGUGGCAGCACCUCGCGUAUCGACGGAAAACUGACCACCUACUCGAAUGCGGUUCAUAUCCAGUUGGGAGCCGCCCAGGCCCCACAGAACGACGACGAAGACUUUGAGGGCUCGGGAUUGGACGGCUAUCCGUCGAGUGUUGCCCGACAGGUGGCCAUCCCCAUCCAGUGCCACUCUGAGCCCAAUUUCCCGAUUGGUUUCGGCGACAAGUUGGAUGACGACAACGUCAUGGACACUGAUGUCGAUUUGCCAGUGGGUCAGACGGAGCUUUACCAUAUGGAGAUCCAUCGCAACAAGGAAUGGACUAUUCCGGUUGUCACCGGCGCCAUGAAUGAGGCCAGCAAGGCCGAAGUGGUUUUUGACGAAACUCUGCACGUCCGCACUUGGAUCGACGGAGUAUCUUACAUCCAGAUCGUGACGGAAAAAUGCUGGGUGUCGAACAGCUCGGACAGCGAGAGACCACCGCGAUUGAUUCUCAUUCGCAACACUUGUCCCGCCGACCUGUCCGUCCAAAUGCGGCAGGCCGAUCGCGCCGACUCGGACGGCGGUUUCAGUUUCCACGUUUCCAAGGACUACGCCGAUUUGGGCCAACUCUACAUUCACUGCAAAUUGGGUCUGUGCUCGAACCAGCCCAGCAAAGUUCAAGGCAACUUGAAAAUGUGCAUAGAUCCCUCUCAAUACUGCAGCGGCCGGCACGUACUCAAGCCUUUCCUUGACGAAUCGGUUUCGACGGCGCAGCAAAUUCUGGUUCGAGGACCUUUGCGGAUGGUGGCCAAGGCCACUUUUUCCCUACAGAACAAAAUCAACCCGGCUGGAGAGACGACGACAUCACCCGGUUCCCUCCUGACUGGCAACGGGCAGCCCGGCAGCCAGCAAGUGAUUCUCGUUGGCGUUUCCACCGAGGUAACGGUGGGAAUCGCCCUGGCCUCGUUUGUCAUCGGAGUCGCACUGACUGCCAUUCUCUGGUGCAUCCACAUGAGGACAGAUCCGUACAGGCGAGUCAUGAACCGGAAGACUCGGUCGAGCCGAAGUAACAACCGUUGCCAGGCGAUUGGAGUCAAGUGUUCGCCCAUGAUUCGCCCGCGCUCCGGCGUUGACCACCACCGGACGUCGCUGCAGCAGGUUUCGGGAGCCGUCCAACAGCAGCAGCAGCAGCAGUUAGUUGCGGCGGCGGCGGCCCAGCCGGCCGAUCAGACGGCCAUGCAGGCGGGGGACAAGGAGCCUCAGCACCAGUUCACUUACGACUACGACGUCUCGUCGUCCCAGUCCAACAGCAGCGGCAGUCAGUGCAGUCGCGAGGAUUCGUCGCCGACGCCCAACUCGCAGACGCCCAUGAACGUGACGUCGGUCCGUUGAGUUGCGAGGGAUCGUCGUGACUGUCCCGGGACAUUUUGAUUCAUCCGCAUCCCAGCACCAGCGUUUGCGGAGGACGAGGAAAUCUUUUUGGGUUUGCAGUUAGGAGAAAAGAUUUCAUUUUCUCACCGGGUUCAACUCUGCCACAUACACACACACACACAUACACCGUUCUCAGGGCCUGUUUCCUCCAUCCUUUUUAUGCAGCCGUUUCUCUCUCUGUCUCUCUCGAAAUACCUCUCCUACCGCUCCUCCGAUCCCUAUGAACUCGCUAGUUUACAAAGGUGCAUUUAUUGCACUUAUUAUAUAUAAUCAUUCAUUCAUUAUAUCUGAAAUAUUUCGUGACGUUUGCUCGGCUCUUUGCGUGCGCGCCCUCCGAUCCCGUCUACCUCCGAUUGCACUCCAUCGUCGACUGGUGUCAAACAAACUGAAAUUUCACACACACACACACACCUUCCUCCACAUCCACUACCACCACCACCUUCCCUCUUAAGCUAUAGAUACUCCUCUCGCUCAGCACCUCAUCCGUUAAUUAUUUACCAUUUUUGCCUGAUUAUUCAUUAAUGCCGUUACAUUUGAUUGAGAGGAUCUAAAGUCUGUAGUUACUAAAUUAUCACCGCAGCUCGUAACUACCUCUUUGCCCCCCCCCCCCCCCCCACUACGGUCAAGCGCAUCAAAACUCGUGACCUUCCCAUCAUUCCGGUCAGACGUUUUAUUUAUUUAAAAUAUUUUUUUUUUUUUUUUUGUUUUCUUUCCGCCCCCCUCCCAACAUGCUCGACCGAUUUUGGCCUAUCAAACAAACAACCUCGCAAACAACAAAAAAAAGAAGAUUAUUAAUAACAAACGAAAAGCGGCAGACAAAAUAAUUGAAAUCAAAUCCUCAUGCUGGACUCUUUCAUCUCAGGAAGAACAGGAAUCCCUUCAUAAUUUACAAAAUUGUCGGUGUUCAAGCUCUUAAAUUAGACCCAGCUCUUCUCCCCAUGUUCCCCCACCACCACCCUCCACCACCCAUUUUUUUUGUUUGUUCUACAUUCAACCCCUUUAUUCAUUACGGGUGAAAUCAUCAACUCAUAGUAGAAAUAGGACCCACACCAUCAAAUGGAAACGACGAUCUUUAAAAACAAACAAAAUUGUUUUCAUGCCGUUUAAAUUGUUGAUCUCUCCUCACAGAAUGGCAGAUCGAUCAAAUCUAGGUUAAAACUUUUUCUAUUUUCUUCUUCUCAAUCAAGUUCCUGUUUUCUUUUCUGUCCCCUUUUUGGCCUUUUUUUCCCCUCCUCGUCUUAACGAAUCCUUUUUUGUGUGUGUGCGGGAGGAAUCAUUUCGAGAUGUUGUAGUUGGCGACAAGCGGCGCUUUUGGGUUUUGCGCCUCUUGUAUAGAGAAAAUUCGUCGUGUGGCUUUGACAUUUUUGUUUCUUUUUUUUUUCUCUCCUGCGCGUGUGCGGAUGCCAUUUUUUGAUUUCGUAUUUUUAAGAGAGACGGGUUUGAAUCAGUACAAAAAAAAUGCAAACAAAAUAUUCGAUGACAAGCGCGUACAAAAAUAUUUUGCAAAGAUGAAAAAGAAAAAAAUGUGAGAAACAUUUUUUUGUUUUUUUAUGACGUCUUGUUUGUCGGGUUCUGUUGUUUGUUGUUGAGUACCUGUACAGUUUAUAUUCGUCGAGUUUGCUUGUGUGAAAUCGCUGGGAGGUGAACGAGUUUGAUUGGGAUGGAUGAAUGACGAUUGCGUUUGUUUGUUCUUUUCCUUUUUUUUCCACCCAUCUUUCGAUUUGCCUCGCUUAAUUCGCCGACGAUGCCAUUCGCUCGUGUAAACAGGGUAGAAAGACUCUACAAAUUUCGUUGCGUGUGUGUCUCUGCGUGUGUUUGGAUUGGGAUUCUCAUUCGGGUGGUCCGCCUGGCGGAAAUCCCCCGCCGAUGGAAUGAAUCAACAAGGAACGACUUUAUUCUAUUGUAUUCCGGCCCCAGCUGUAAAUCAUAUUCGCUUCUCUCCAUCCUCUUUUUUUCUUUUUCUUUGAAUUCUCUUCAGGAUCGAAGGCAACAACAAAAACAAACUUUUGGCAGAGUGGCGUCAUUCACGUAAAAUGAAUGACAAUCUCUAGAGAAAUGAGAUCGUUUUUUUCUCUCUCUCUCUCUCUUUGUCCAUAAUAUUCUGAUUAAUUAUCGUUCGUUUCUUUCAAUUUCUUUUCCCCACUGGGAGGGAGAAUAAUACCGCCCCCCCCCCCCUCGUUUUCGAUGACCAGAAAAAUCAAAUAACAUUGCGCUACGAAUCAUUUUGACAUAAAACUAAAAGUACAACACAAGGAUGCAUAUAUUAUAUAUAGAUUUAUGUCUUUUUAGAGAUGAAUGGCAGACACAAUUUUUUUGGGAAAACUAUUGUAAAUUUUUUUUCUUAAAAAAGAAGAAAAUGAAGAAAAUUUCUUUUUUUCUUUUUGGGAAAAAGAUUUACUGCCGUCCAGGCCUCUGUCCAGCUCAAUUGGAAACGUUCUCGGGCCUAUUUUAUACAUGAAGAAUAUAUACAUAUACACAUCCUGCUACUUCUAGAAAGUACCUUAUAAAAAAGAAAAACUACUUUUUUUCUCUCUCUCUCUUCUCUUUUUUCUCUGUCAAACAAUCUCCCUCUCAGCUUCGCUUGCCCAUCGACUCCAUUCAUAUAAUAUAUACUACUAUAUACUGUAAGUAAAGUACAUAGACACAUACAUCCAUCAAUAGAUUAGAAUUCUUGUAUGUAUACUGUCACAAGAAGAAGAAGGAGAACCGCGCCGUUCUUCCUCCUGAAUGUUCCUUGCUCCGUAGCUCUUUUUUUUCUCUCGGAUGACCGCCGUUUCGUCUGUUUUUUUCUCAUUCUUCAACCCGUGGCCGAGUGAGCCACUCCCUUUUCCAUCCGCCACGUACUACUACUCCCCAACGUUAUGGGAAUUUUUUUUCUUUUUUUUUUUUAAUAUUUAGUUAUUUAGUUUUUUCUUUUAUCUUUUCUGGGGAACCUUCCAAUUUUGACAAAUAGAUUUUUUAUUCCUUUUUUUUCUGGGCUCUCCCUCACUGGCAAGUCCCGAAGGAAAAGACAGAAAAGUUGCACGGAGGAUACGAACGACGUCAAAUGUCUCCUCUACCGACGCUUCGCUCUCGACGUCGAUGAUGAUGGCCCUAGAGAAUUUUUCACCAGCCCGUGCCAGACACACAUUCGCUCUCUCUGUGGGUGUGUGUGGGGGUCUAAAAAAAAAAGGAAAACUAUUCAAUCCCGUCUCUGUCUCUCAACUUUUUUUUUUCUCCCCGUUAUCUCUCCCUGCUCAUGCAGCCCGAGACUCUUCAAUAUUUUCUUCUUCUUCUUUUCCCUAUUGUCUAUUUCAUCAAAAUAAAUUCUUCCCAAUUGGAUGGAGAAGCGGACAAGGGCCUCUCCCAGGAGUUUUCGCGUUUCUUUUUUUUUAUUAUUAUUAUUAUUACCGUUGUGGGUUGAUUGAAAUAUGGGAAUGAAACUGUGUCUACCUCAAUAACGUCGCAUUGAUCAUAUUUGUUUAAAAAAUUUCAAAAAGGCAAAAAAAAGUACCCAUUUUUUUCUCUUCUUCAUUAGCUUAAACUGUUGGUUAAGUUCGAGACAUAACAAAAGAGGAAGACUAAUAAAAGUUCACUCGGAAGAUUUCGCAAAGUCUUUAAAGGGAACUGUUUUUUUCUUUGAUUUAUUUCUCGGAUUUUGUAGUGGUUGGCCAAGUUUCUUGUUCUACCGUCUUCUCCUUUUUCUCACGUUGAUUUCUUCAAUUUAAACUCUUUUCUCUCUUUAUCUUUUCUCGUGAAAUAAGAACGAAAAAACAAAAACAAAUCUAACCCAUAUGCUUAAAGUACCUCAACGUUCGUUUGGUCUUACUAUAUAUUCCCUCUCGGCAUGAAAUAAUAAUACCGCGUAGUACAAUAAGAUUGUUUCUUUAUUGUUUUUGUUUUCGCGUUUCGGUCGAUCGUUUGCAUACAUUUUCGCAUCGUCUACAUGAGAGAAAAAGAAAAGAAGAUUUAUUGCACCGUCGUAAAAUAUCGUCGCGUAUCGGAGUAGAAAUAGAAGCGAUUAGUUUAGAUGAUUAGGAAUUUCGCGGAGCGUCCGAUUACAGAACCCUCAUCUGUUUAACCUGUUUUUUUUUGUUUUUUUUCGUUUAUAUAUCUCGGUCGAUUGUCUUUUUUUUUUUAAUUCGCCUCCCCGGAGCGGAAAUCCAUCUCAUUUAUCGUUUCCUCUUCUUAAAUGGCGUAAAAAGAAUUAAGAAAAAAACAAACAACCGAAAUCCGCAUCGCCGUAUAUUUAAAAAGCGUCUAUAUAUGAAUUAUUAUUAUUAUUACACAACACAGAAACCAAUCUACCUUACCUACCCUCCUCUCUCAUCCUAUUUUUCUAUACUAAUUGAUUGCAACGCAUCACAUACGGGUCCUUUUUCGAAAAAAAAAUAGUUACAGCAAUCAAGACGUGAAUUUUUUUUUUCUUUCAUAUUAUUAUUUUUUUUGGUCCAGUCUCUGGAUAAACGUAUUACAAACAAAAUAUUUAUCACAUCCCUUCUCCCGCAAAUGAAGUUUGCAUUUUUUUUUUAGAACGUAGAGCUCCUUAAUCACUUACUUGUUUGGGGAAACGAAAUUUUUUUUUUACUUCAAAAAUUUACAAUCCGAGUUCAGGAUCAUCACCCCCGCCAAAACAAUUUUGAAAAAUCUCUCUCUACUCUCCGCCACCCUUCGAGUCCACCACUCUCUCCUUCCAUUGAGCGCGCGCGCAUCUCCCACACACACAUUUCACACGUACUACGCAAAACAAAUGUAAAAGCAAGCAAGGAAAUUCAUUUUCGACCCCACACCCCCCGCUCCCCAACGUGUCGAGUUUUUUUUUCAAAAUCUUCUAACCGUAUGUCAUAGUAAUAAAAUAAUAAGUGUUUGUGUGCGUCUCUGUGUGGUCCUCAAAUUGUGUCGUUUCUUUUCCAUCCGCAUUCUCCCCCGAUAAAAACAAAACAAAUCCUAUCGAGAAACAAAAACAAAAAAACUGAAAAACCACACCCACUUGGAAAGUUAAAAAGAAAAAAAAAGGAAAAUUUUGUAUUGAUGUCAUGCCUCUCUUUUUCUCCGGAACCUGAAAUUCGAAAUGGAUUAAAAAAACAAAAAAAAAAUUCAAAUAUUUUUUGCUUAGAUAUCGUAGAGCCUAUGCUCCACCAAUCCCAAUACAUGUAUAUUAUCUCUGGCAUCAGUCAUCAACCGCAAAAAAAUCUCUUUCAAGAAAACAAAAAGAAAUUCAUUACUACAAAUUCGCAAACGAAAUUUAAAAAAAACGAAAACAUAAUUAAAAGAGAUGAUGACGAUGAUUUCGAUCUUUAUACAUUUUUGCAGUCGGUGAGGCCUAUAUACAUGCAGUACAAAUAAAAAUACACUAUAUCUUCGUAUUCGGAAA